GACAGACAGAGGCGCAAAGCAUCCGAGAGGGAGAGUAGCAGUUGGUCAAACCUGCAAGAAACUCAUAAGACUCGCUUCUCCUUCUACUCGAAGGAACAUUUCUAGGGUUUGCUCGGAUCCAGAGCUUUCACAGGCACCACUCGUUUGCACAAUGUGAGAAAAUAUGGUUCAGCACCAUACUUCUGUAACAGACACAAAAUUUGGUCCAUUUAGCCCAAAUGCAGCAAAAUAAGGGCAAAGUAACAACUAUCUCCUGGGAUUUGUUUGUACCAAGUCAAGAGAGCAGCCACUCAUCUCCUGAAAGCUCUUUUCCUUUGAAAUCCUCUCUCAGAGCUUAGAGAGUUCUUGAUUGGCUGAACUCAAGCUGUCUUGGGACUGUUCUUUCUUCCAGCAGUAGCAGAGACAAGCCAAGACUUUGAGAUCAACAGAGAGCUUCAACAACCAGGGAGUUAUACAAUCAGGCUGAGAGGUUAAAGUUGCAGGCUCGUAGCAGCAUCAGAUCUGUAGAUGUCUUAUACUUUCAAAGUAAAAGGAUGAUUCUUUCUGAUUUGGAUCUUGUUAGUUAAGCAACUGUAUACAUUGUACUUCUGUUUUGUUACUUGCGGAUGGCUUCUACUGGCAUAGCACCUGCAUCAGCGAUUGGAAAGCCUGGUGGCAAUACAAUGUUCGUUGAUAAGCUCCCUGAGGAAAUCAAUGAAAUGAAGAUCAGAGAUGACAAGGUUGAAAAGGAAAUGGAGGCAACAGUAGUUGAUGGCAAUGGGACAGAAACAGGCCACAUUAUUGUUACUACGAUUGGUGGCAGGAAUGGUCAGCCCAAACAGACCAUAAGUUACAUGGCAGAACGUGUUGUUGGACAGGGUUCCUUUGGUAUUGUAUUUCAGGCUAAGUGCUUAGAAACUGGAGAAACUGUUGCUAUCAAGAAGGUUCUUCAAGAUAAGAGAUAUAAGAACCGUGAGUUGCAGACAAUGCGCCUUCUUGAUCACCCCAAUGUAGUGUCUCUAAAACAUUGUUUCUUUUCAACUACGGACAAGGAUGAGCUCUAUCUCAAUUUGGUGCUUGAAUAUGUACCUGAAACUGUUUAUCGUGUCGCAAAACACUACAGCAGAGCGAAUCAGCGAAUGCCUCUGAUAUAUGUCAAACUUUACACUUAUCAGAUUUGUAGAGCUUUGGCAUACAUUCAUGGGGGUAUAGGUGUCUGCCACAGGGACAUUAAGCCUCAGAACCUACUGGUUAAUCCACAUACUCAUCAGCUCAAGCUAUGUGAUUUUGGAAGUGCAAAAGUUUUGGUUAAGGGUGAGCCAAAUAUAUCAUACAUUUGUUCCCGUUAUUAUCGAGCUCCUGAACUCAUAUUUGGGGCAACUGAGUACACGACUGCUAUUGACAUAUGGUCAGUUGGUUGUGUCCUUGCAGAACUGCUUCUUGGACAGCCUCUCUUUCCAGGUGAGAGUGCAGUUGAUCAGCUGGUUGAGAUAAUUAAGGUACUGGGAACGCCAACUCGUGAGGAAAUCAAGUGUAUGAAUCCUAACUAUACCGAGUUUAAGUUCCCACAAAUCAAGGCUCACCCAUGGCACAAAAUUUUUCACAAGCGCAUGCCCCCAGAAGCAGUAGAUCUUGUCUCAAGACUUCUUCAAUACUCUCCAAAUCUAAGGUGUACUGCUUUAGAGGCUUGUAUCCAUCCAUUUUUUGAUGAACUUCGUGAUCCCAAUACCCGUCUUCCAAAUGGGCGGCCGUUGCCUCCUCUCUUCAACUUUAGACCCCAAGAGCUGAAAGGAGCGUCUCCGGAGCUUCUGUGUAAAUUGAUACCGGAGCAUGCUAGGAAGCAGUGCCCCUUCCUUGGUUCCUAGAUUGUAACAUCAAUGUUUGUGGAAGUGUAGUUGUUGUACCAUUGUACCCUGUUUGCUUUCCAUAUUGUCUGAAGUAGCAAGUAGUGUUAUCUCUGUUUGUAUGUUAAGUUUUCGUUAAGAAAAACACUAAUGGUGAGUGCUUAUGGUUUCUUGUUAUUUGAUGAGUACAAAAACGUCGUGCUGGGUUAAGACUCUGGAAAUGGCAAUGCAAAUGGAUCCUUGUUCGUUCGUGUGUUAA